UAGUAUCCACGUCUCUCAAUUGCGUUGAUCUCCCGAGUCUCUUUCACUUCUGGAAGUUGCCUCAAUACCACCGUCUCAAAUUAGACCAUCACAUCUUGGAGCGCGCGCGUCGGCACAAAACCUGUCCUUCCCCCGCUACUACUUCACCCCUCUCUUUCUUUUCUGGUAGCUGGGCUCUAUCUGUAAUUCUUUAUCUGUCAAAAAGUUCCACCUUGGCUUUCAUAGCUGUUUUCUGUCUCUGUACACUGGUUGAUUGCUCUUAAUUGUGUCUUCGUACGCAUUUGCACUUUCUUCCUCAACUACAUUGAUAGAACUUACUUUCCUUUACUUCCUUCAUCAUCAUGUCGAGUGAGUUUAGUCAUCUAACCCGGAAGAACAGGAAGCUGACAAGUUCAGCUAUAACAGAAAAGAGACGGCCACCGCCGUUGGCUCGCACCCGAACUUCGACCAGCUUUACAUCAGACUCUUCCUUAGAAUCACUCAAGGUUCCAAGGACACCACGAUUUGCUGAAGCCACGACUGUAUACUCUCCAAUAGAUCCACCAGAUAGUAAUCAAUCACCAUUUGCCGAUCCUCCUGGAACUAGAACGCAAUCCCACAUGGCUCAAUCACAACCUUCAGAUAUUGGCUUCGGCUACAUAUCACAGAAUGAUUCCUCGAGACAGGAUCAAGGUGUACCAGUCGAAAUUCCACAGAUGCCAGCGUCACCACUGAAGAGCGCGAUGAGAAUAUCGGGGACACCGGGGCGAAAGAUUGAUAAUCCUCUGAGUCCAACGUUUCGGGAAGAGCAGAUCUUGGAAAAGCAUGAGGAGAUGACGGAUAAGGAGCAGGCAAAGGACUUGGUAUGCUUUAACAUCAACAGGAUGACGGCCUAACAUACUAAUGGAUCUCUAGAAAAUAAAAACAAGAGUGAGAAUGGCAAAGUUUCUUCUCCGUGGAGUCAGCUUCAGUUGUAGUCUUAUCGUUCUCGCCAUGGUCUCGAUGACCUUUUCUAUCUUCAGAGCCACCCAACAUUUACCACCACGAAACAAUCUUCCUCCCUGGGCUGUAGGAACCAAGACUUGGCCUCAGAUUCUCGUCCUUGUUGUUGCUUGCGUAUCAUUAGCAUUGUGUUUGGUCGUAUUUUGGAAUUACUGGAGGGGUGGUCACAAGCGAGCAGAGAAGGUUGCCGUUUACUACACAUUAUUCGCCGUCGCAUUCUUCAUCUUCAGUGUAGUUAUGUGGGGACUGGCAGCUGGCAUCCUUCAAGGUUCUAAGAACAAUAGUAGCAACAAGGAUAUCUGGGGAUGGUCAUGUGUCGAUAACAAACGACGACAACUUUUCGAGCAGGAGAUUGACUAUGGAUUGGUUUGCAGAAUGCAGGUAUGUUGCCUCACUCCCCAAAUCUCGUACAAAAAGACUAACAUGAUCCAGUCCUGGUCCCUCGUCUGCUGUGUCAUCGAAAUCGUCCUCGAGUUAAUCUCCAUCAUCCUCUACGCCGUCGUCUUCUACAGAUAUUACUCCAAGCAACGCCUCCGCAAAUCCAUGGACGUCCGCGACCGCGCCCGCUCCGACCUGUACCUCGCCCAACUACGCUCCCAAUCCGCACCCAACACUCCUGGCUUCGGCCCCAUGUCCCCCUCCUACUCCACCCACAUGAAAUCCCCUCGUUUCCCACCCUCCACCUACCAAUCCCCCUCCGAAGCCGAAGAAGGCUUCGCCGGCGCGCGCUUCGUCGAAGCCAAACCCGCCGGCGCUAUAAGCGAGAAGAAAUUCACGCUCCAAGCACCCCCCAUCAAGAUCCACGGCGCGACGCCAAAGGUGCAACAGGGUGGUUUCGCGAAUACGAAUACACCCCACCAGUUGCCUGUGAGGCAGCAUGUCGAGGCCGCCCCCGGGGAGCAGACUUAUGAGAGUGUGCCGAUUCCCGGGGCGUAUAAGAGUCCGGCGCCGACGAAGACGACGUUUGGGGAUUUGAAUGCCCUGCCGCAGACGGGUGUGGCGGUUACUAGUGAACAUAGGGCUGAGAGCCCGCCCGCGAGUCCUAGGGGGUGGGAGAGGAGGUCUUGAGGUAUCACGACCACCUUUUUUUUCUUUUGUUCAAACUUUUGAUAUUGGUAUUGAUGGUUGGAGGGUACGGAUGGCUUAUAUAUGCACAUUCAGAUUGCGAAUUUGCUGCUUGCUGGGUUUUUUGCUUGGGGGAGUUGGGGGGUAUUGAGGUUGGACUCUCUUUUUGAGUGUGAGCUUCUUGUGAGAGUGUUGAGUUUAAGCUUGAGUUUUAUAUAUACCAUUCAGUCACUCGCUGGAGAUGGAAGCUUUGCUUGUCCGGUUUCGUCCG